CCGCAAGUCGCGAUCGACGCACGCGCACCGAGCGUAGCGCCAUCUCUGAACCGCGCCUUUAACACUCUGUGGCAGAGGAACUUCCUCAGCAGUGCGCGCCCGAGUCCGGUGCAGUGAGGAUUCCGCAUAACUAAUUCAGUGCUAGUGAAGUAACAGUGAUAAUAAAUAUUGAUUGUGACUCUCCGGAAUUGACUAACGAUUGAUAUAAAAUGCGUAUCUGGUGGUGGGGCGUGGUGGCGCUGCCGCUGCUGGUGGGAGGCGCCGGGGGCAGCAACGUGCUGAUGCUGACCAUGGGCGGCACCAAGUCACACAAGAUGCCCUUCUGGGAGCUCGCCCGCGGACUCAUCAGGAGAAGCCACAACGUGACUUUGAUCAGCGCGUUCCCGCCGGACUUCCACAUCGAGGGUCUGGAGGAGAUGGCUCCCGAGGGUCUAGUCUCGUACGUGAGGAGCUACAUGUCCUGGGACCUGGUGGGCGCCCGCAUGAGGGGCGAAGACCCGCUGCCCAUCAAGGACAUCUUCCGAUACGGAUAUGAGGCCUGCGAUGCCUUCCUGAGCGACUUCGAGACCCGUUCCUUCCUCCGGUCAGGAAGGAGCUUCGAUCUCAUCGUUCUGGACGGCGCGUACCCUGAGUGUGGGCUCGGCGUGGUCUACCGCCUGAAAGUGCCCUUCAUCUACAUCAACACCGUCGGCUUCUACGCCAUGCCCAUCAGCAACUCUGGUAGCCCCACGCCGUACUCCGUCACCCCAUUCUUCGGGAAAGCUUACACUGACAACAUGGGCUUGAUCGAUAGAGCGAUGAAUGCAGCGUGGUACUUUGGCGCUUACUCCAUGCAUAGUGUGAUGACGAUGAUCCUGCAAGGAGUGCUGAGGAGGCACUUCGGGCCGCACAUCCCGCACGUGUAUGACAUGGCGAGGAAUGUCAGCUUCGUCCUGCAGAACGGCCACUUCUCCGUGUCGUAUCCCAGACCGUAUCUGCCGAAUGUAGCAGAAGUUGCCUGCAUUCAUUGUAAAGAAGCCAAGGCUUUGGACCCGGAGAUAGAAGAGUGGAUCAGUGGCGCAGGGGAGGCGGGCUUCGUGUAUGUGUCGAUGGGGUCUUCUGUGCGGACCACAAAGAUGCCGCUGGCGGUACACCGGCUGAUAGUGGCGGCCCUGGCGCGUCUGCCGCAGCGAGUGCUCUGGAAGCAAGAUGCUGAACAGAAUAUCACAGACAUACCGUCGAAUGUCCGGCUGUACAGGUGGCUGCCGCAACAGGACUUGCUUGGCCAUCCAAAAAUCAAAGCCUUCGUGACCCAUGGAGGGCUGCUCAGUAUGUUCGAGACAGUCUACCACGGAGUACCAAUAGUGAGCAUCCCGGUGUUCUGCGACCACGAUGCCAACGCCGCCAAGGCCGAGGUGGACGGCUACGCCAAGAAGCUGGACCUCCAGCACCUCACCUCUGACAGACUGCAUCGAGCCAUCAAACAAGUGAUCAACGAACCCCAGUACAGGAGAGAGGUGAAGAAACGGCAGAUCUUACUCCGAGAUCAAAAGGAAAGUCCUUUAGACCGAGCUAUCUUCUGGACGGAAUACGUGAUCAGACAUAAGGGCGCGUACCACCUGCAAUCGCCUUCCAAGGACAUGAACGUCUUCCAAUACUACCUAGUAGAUGUCCUGUUACUGAUGCUUGUCGUAGUAUUAUCGACAUUAGCUCUUGCCUCGUACGUGAUACGGGCGAGUUUCAAUAGAUUAGUCGACUACGUUCAGAAUAGACGGAUGGACAGGUUGAUAGACAAAUCGACCACGCUGCUGAAGAGGUCGAAGAAGUUAAUAAACCACACAACAAUGGCAAAGAAAAAGUUGUGAGUGUUCUACUGAGGGUUAUCAUGGACUGUAAUUUUUAAUCACCUCCAAAAUGCCUUUCCAGUGCACUAAAGCUUGAUGUACACAGACGCGACACCGCAGAUGGUCCAAUACCAUCCAUACCAGUGAUGUGCCGUGUCCAAAGUGGGAACUUUCCCGGCAGUAAAAUGACGCAAAACUUACGUAAAAAGGGCUUUACUACCUAACCUUUAGGCAGAUAAGACCAGAGUACAAGGAAGAACAAUUUGAAAAAGAAAAGCAGCCAAUAUCCUUGCUAUUAACGAGAUUUUACAACGGGAACAUUCCCAUCUUGGGUACAUUCACUGCUCCAGACCGAUGAGCCAAGGUCAUGAGCUGGCGCAUCGAGAUCGGGUAAAUCGACACUAUUAGACUCGUUCGAAAUCGUGGUUACCAUGGUUACGCCCCCGCCCAUCGAUUUGCUAUUAGCCUACACAACACAAUCCGGGUCGUCGUGCCCGUGACCUUGACGUACUUAUCGGGCAAGAUAGAUUGACUUAUCUAAUAACCGCUCAUGUGAUGUUCUUUGUACCUUCGCACGCGUUCACACAAAAAAUUCGUCAGACAAAUUGUCUCCGCUAUGUGAAGAGAGCUUUAUGGUGUCGUGGACAUCAUUAGGUAUAAAUCUCGAAUAAUAUUUAUAUGCACUAAUAACAUAAUUUAAUCAGUAAAGAAAAUCGAUAGUGUAAACUUCAAUAGUUCUACCUGCUGAUUCAGGGAGCGUUCAGCCGCUUAGAUGCGCGGGCGUUGAAGGUACCUACUAAGGGAGAGAGUCGGGGAGGUUGUGCUAGGCAUGUACCUACAUUUAUAUUGUACCUAUUUUAAUAAUAUUAAUUAGGUAUCUUAUAUAUUGGUUAGCAUCUAAUGUACACAUAGGUUAUUCGCAAAUAAAUGAAUUGAAUUGAAUGUGUACCGAUCACAGAGCCCAGCUGAGCCGACUGCAUAAUACCUCGCCCCACUGCUCUCUCACUCUGUCUCAAGACUAGAGUGAAGUGAUUCACUCACCUGAUCAUGAGAUCAGGUGAGAUUGUGGUCAAAUGCAACAACGAAAUGACCAGGGGGGUUAAAAUGGCCACAUCGAAGCAAUUCAUCUUAAAAAGCAAUAUUGCAAUUUGACAUUUGCCCAUAUAAAAGUAGAUAAGUGCGCAAUGCAAACAAAUGCUAAAUAGCAAUAUUGCUUUCUUAGAUGAAUUGCUUCGAUGUGGACAUUUUAACUCCCCUGGUCAUUUUGUCAGUGUCCUGUUUAUCAAAACUUACAAGCCCUGUAUUACAAGAAAUUUUCUUAUAACAAAUUUCAUUUUAUUACAAGAAUGUGAUUAUCAAAACUACACAUGUAAAUUACAUGUUACAAGUGUCAAUAUUUAUUCCACAAGUAUAUUUUACAAUCCCUCUGUAUUUUUUGAUAAACGUAAUUUCCACGUACUUGUGAGUUACUGGUUGUAGCAGAGGGAUUGUGUCCUCUAACAUGAUGGACUAAUGUUAUGGGCGAUAGGCUGAUCCCUUAUCACCAUAAGGUUUCAUCAUAUCCAGCUUGCGACAUCGUAUCAACAGUGGCUACAAGUUGUCUUUGAUUACUUGUGGCUCUGCCCACCCCAUUAGGAACUACGGGCAUGAGUUUAUGUAUGUAUGUAUAUUGUGAGUAACUUGUAACUUGUAACGUGUAAACUUGUAAGUUUUGAUAAACACGGCACUGGAUAAUUCCACAACCCUUGUGCGUCAGAAUUUUCAGUUUUAAGUUGGUACCUAUAUCGAAUUAAAAAACAGAUAAUUUAGAAAAAAUCAAAUUUGGAAAUACGCCAUCCGGGUGCCUAUGAGAUAACGUACCGAAUUCUUCUGAUGACGUCAUGAGAAUUUGUCACAUGAUCAAAACAAAAGUCGACUUAUCAGUUAUGUGAUAGCGAUUAAUUAAUAAGUAGGUAAUUCCCGUGGUAAUUACGCACAAAAAUGCAAAUGCUGACGAUGCUUACGAUUCGGAAGUAAUUUGGUAUGUACACCUAUCUCUGUUGUCACCCACAUGAUUAAUUAUCAUUUUUAACAUUUGCCUAUAAUCUAAUCGUACAUAAACAAAUUACUAAAAUGACUAUCGAUUUUCUUAUUUUAAGUAAGUAGUUGUUAUGAUGAAUAUUGUUUUGCUGUUAAAGAUAAUUAUAAAUAAUCCAUUUACUUAUGGGCUAUUCAGUGCAUGCUCACAUUAUUAAUUAUGGAGCUAUAUUUGAAAAAUUGAGAUAGAUAGGUACUUUCCAUUCCACAUUCUCCAAUAAAUAAAUAAAAGAGAGCGUUUACCAUAACCCCCAUGACAGGGUCCGAUUACCUAACCUGAAGUUUUGACAGGUCUGGCUUUUACAGAAACGACUGCCUGUGAAGGGUGAACCAGCCCAUUACAGGUUAGGUCGCAUACCUGCGAAACGAAUUUCUCGGGAUGUGGGUUUCUAACAGGGCUAACAUAAUAAUAAUACAAAAAAGUUAAUGUGACAUGGUACCAAAGUGCAUACAUAUUAAUGCCCGUGACUGUACCUGUGUGUCACAAUAAAUGAUUUGAAUUUUGAAUGUUUUGGCUACCACGGCUCACCGGAAUAUGAUAGCGCACUUAAUUUAAAUAAAUCAAAAUUACUGUUAUGACAUACCUACGUGUGGGGAACGGUGAGCGCUUUCACUCGCAUACAUAAGAUCACGCCUAUGUCCCGCUGGGGUAGGCAGAGACGGAAUUUCACUUACGACGAUCGAUCAUGACACACCACUUUCGCUUUUGACUUUGACGAGAGUGAUGGCACGCUUUAUUUUUUCGUUGUAUUUAAUAGUUUUCAAUAAUACAUAAACAUAAACAGGCCUCCCUUCCAUCAACCGGAGGGGGUAUGCAGACACCACCACACUGCGUCACUACAGGAUGGUGGACGAGCUUCACGGUUAACGCGCCUUUCGAAGCACGGAAUCAUCUUACUUUUUCGGAUAACUAGGUGAUUUAUGCAAUGUCCCCAUCGGGAAUCGAACUUGGAACGCCACGCUGGGCGAGUUCGCUCCGUCUUAGGCCUCCUCAAUGCCUUCGGGCAAGUCUGAGGCCAAGAGCAAAACCAAAACAUAAACAGCCUAUAUACGUCCCACUGCUGGGCACAGGCCUCCCCUCAAUCAACCGGAGGGGGUAUGGAGCAUACUCCACCACGCUGCUCCGAUGCGGGUUGGUGGAGAUGUUUUUAAGGCUAAUAGCCGGGACCAACGGCUUAACGUGCCCUCCGAAGAGCAAACCUAUCAAAGGU